AUGGGGCUGACGCACGUCUCUCUCUCGCACCUCGUCUCUAUCAGCGCGCAUCGGCUCCAACCCACGCCUUCACCACGCAGGCUCAUCGAGAAGGGCUACGCCGCCUCUGAUGUCGAGAUGCGCUCCGUCGACCUGCUCAAGGGCGAGAACUUCGCGCCCACCUAUCUGCGCGUCAACAGCGCCGGCACGGUGCCCACGCUCGUCGUGCCGCUCGCAGAGACGACGGGGCGCGAGCAGGACACCAAGUUCCGCGCGCUGACGGACAGCGUCGCCGUGCUCAACUUUCUCGACGCCUCGCGCUCGCAGCAGCUGCUGAGCCAGAAGAACGCGGCCGUCGACGCGCUGCCGGCGCCCGCGCUGGCGCCGGCGACGAUCGAGGGCAAGGCGGCGAGCGAUGCGCUGAUCCAGCUCGUGCACUGCGCCGAGGCAGACCCCAACUUCCUCCUCCUCUGCGCCCGCUCCGCCGACGAGCUCGCGGCGCAGGCCGGCGGCCUGCAAGGUGCCUUUGUCAAGGGCCGUGACGAGGCACUGCAGCGCUACCGCGCCGAGGCCGCCGCAAACGCCGACACGGUGAAUCCGCGCGAGGCGUCGCAGAACAGCAAGCUGCUUGCCUUUUACGACGACAAGAUUGCCGCACAGGCUCCUCUCGUGGGCGCCUACCUGCAGCACGACGCCGGCGCCAUUGCCGGCUUUGUCGAGGCGUCGCGCAAGGCGUGGAAGGCCCUGCCGAGCACGCUGGCGAAGCUCGAGACGCAGCUGCAGGGCACGUAUGCCCUCGGCGAUCAGUUCUCCCUCGCCGAUGUGCAUCUCAUGGCCUGGCUCGCGCGCCUGCUGGCCGUCGUCAAGGGCCUGCCCGGCGCGCCCGACGACGAGCUCGAGGCGCUCGAUGCGGCGCUCAAGCACGAGGUGUGCGGCGGCACCGCUGUUGGUCCCAAGGUGAGGCCGCAGAAGGCUGCCCCGCUCGCUGCGGUGGCACACCAUGCUGACCUGCUCUCGCCGAACAAGCUCUCGGCCUACUGGAAGACGCUCAAGACGCGCCCGUCGUACGCGGCCGUGUACGGCGAGGGCCUGCACUAG